CCAACCGGAAGCGAUCUGAUUGGCGUUCGAUACCGUGAAGGAACAUCGCGAGCAACCUGGGACGAGCAACCCGUCAAGAACGAACAAUUUGAACAAGAAGUUCUACACACGUAGAGAAUAUUUCAUGCGUGGCAAGUAGCUAAACUUGUCUGUUUUUUGUGUUUACCGAUGCAGAAUUUCAGAGCAUUCUUCCGGUCAAAUCCGUCUGUGACGGCUUAGUUAGUGAUUUAUUUACCAUUGUCCUCUGAUGAACUUCACAUCUCGCUGUCGAUAAUUUCCUCGCACAAAUCGUUACGCGUUCUUGACAACCGGUCCAUCCGUUAGGAAUCUUCACUUUAAUCGCAUCAAGCAAAAUGGCCGUGCAAGCAUCUUGUAUGGAACUAGCACUGGAAGGAGAGAGACUCUGCAAAGCCGGCGAUUGCCGCGCGGGUGUCAGCUUCUUUGAAGCCGCCGUCCAAGUCGGUACAGAGGAUUUGAAGACUCUAAGUGCUGUGUAUAGCCAAUUAGGAAACGCUUACUUCUACCUUCAGGAAUACGAAAAAGCCCUGGAAUUCCACCGUCAUGAUUUGACCCUAGCUAGGACUCUUGGAGACAAAGUCGGAGAAGCUAAAGCCAGCGGAAACCUUGGGAACACUUUGAAGGUUUUGGGAAAAUUCGACGAAGCCAUAGUUUGUUGCACGAGGCAUCUUGAUAUUUCACGGGAACUUGGUGAUAAGAUUGGUGAAGCCAGAGCUUUGUAUAAUCUUGGCAAUGUGUAUCAUGCAAAAGGUAAACACUUUGGAAGAAAUUUCCAUCAGGACCCUGGAGAGUUUCCUGAAGAAGUUCGUUCUGCACUUGAAAGAGCUAUUGAAUUCUACGAGGCCAACCUUGCCAUUGUCAAAGAGCUUGGUGACAGAGGUGCUCAAGGCAGAGCCUGUGGCAAUCUGGGCAACACUCAUUAUCUGUUAGGAAACUUUGAACUGGCAAUCAUGUUCCAUGAAGAGAGGUUAGCCAUUGCAGAGGAAUUCAACGACAAACCAGCAGAGAGACGAGCCUGCAGUAACCUAGGAAAUGCACAUGUUUUUCUUGGCGAGUUUGAGGUUGCUGCUGAAUAUUACAAGAGAACACUGGCAAUAUCCCGUGAACUGGGAGACAGAGCUAUUGAAGCACAGGCUUGUUACAGUUUAGGAAACACUUACACUUUGCUGAGAGAUUAUCGAGAGGCCGUAGAGUUUCACUCCAGACACUUGGAGAUUGCUCAAGAAUUGGGAGACAGGGUCGGUGAAGGCCGGGCAUGUUGGAGUUUGGGUAAUGCACAUACGGCUUUAGGUAACCACGAAACAGCACUGGACUUUGCUCAGAAACACUUGGAGAUUUCAAAAGAGGUCGGAGAUCGCACAGGACAAAUUACAGCACAAAUGAACAUCUCAGACCUCAGAUCUCUUCUUGGGAUCCAAGACGAUUCACGUGAAACAAACUCGACCGUCGCGGCGGGAAAUUCAGAAAAUGUACAUCGCAGCAGUCCGGGAUCCAUUAAACAGCUUUUCAACAGGAAAUUCAGUAAUUUAGAGGCAGACAAGCGAAAAGCUGAGCCAGCUGCAUCUGCUGACGGUGCAACCAAAGCUCGUUCGUCGUCUUUGACGUCUAGAAAGCCAUUGGAUCACGAUGAUGUACAAGUUCGUGUGCAUUCUGCUGAGAAGCGAAAUGACAACAGCCUGGACGAAAACUUCUUCGAGUUCCUAAGCCGUUGCCAGGGAAACCGAAUGGACGAGCAGCGCUGCGAGUUACCUAAACCAAUCGAAAAAAGCAAAAGUACUGAAGACAUGUUGGAUAUGGUGGAGCGUGUGCAAGGCGACAGAAUGGAGGAACAACGAAGCGAUCUUCCAUCUGAUGACGAGACCUCUCAGAUGCCUGUAUUAAGAAAAACGUCAAGGAAAGGCGACAAUCCGGGCGAUGAAGAUCUUUAUGAAAUGGUGCUUCGAAGUCAAUCUCACCGUAUCGAGGAUCAGCGCUCGGAGCCGCCACCAUCUGCGCCCACGGUACCCGACGAGGACUUCUUUGGUCUUAUACUUCGCUUGCAGUCGAACAGAAUGGACGAUCAGCGGUCUUCUGCUCCGGGUGGUCGAAAACUUCAAUUUCAACCCAGGCGAUAGAGUGAGAAAUUGUACGGUUUACCUUUACGGGUUUAUUGUAAAUUUAAAACUUAAGGUGUUUGUUAGUUUUCAGUGUUGUUAGCUGGGCUAGAACACUGAAAUGUUUUCAAGAGUGAAACGAGGGGUCCAAAUUGUAACGAAUAUGGAACGAGUUGUGCACAAGCAUGUAGAUAUUAACAGUAAUGCGAUGCAUAUUUUCAAAGAAGCUGGAAACAAGCGGACUUUCUCUUAGCUCGUGACAUAAGACCGAGUGACAAGAAGGAAGAAAUAUUACGAGACUAGAAAAUUGAAUAUUGCGUGACACGCCAGCUCUGUUAAGAUUUACUGAAGAGUUAAAAGGAACUAAACACACUUCUUAGCAAAUUUAAUAGCGUGAAUGAGCGUGUUUUCAGCAUUUGAACAACACAGAUGUCAAGUAAUUAGUUUGCAUGAAGUGUUUUAGGCAAAAUGUAAAUUUUUACAAAUUUUGGUCUUUUAUCCAUCACGCAGCGUUUGUGUAAAUUUAAUCUUUUUAUUGAGCUCUCAUUAAUACCUACUACCACGUGACAAGAGCGCAGACGAGCUAUUUUUAGAUGCAUAAUUUUUCGUGUGACCAGCACAAGACAGUCACGUGAUCUUGAUAUUGUGCUAUCUUGAAACUUAGACCUUGGACGAGAUUUUGAUUAUUAUUAUUUUGAAUCUUAAUCGAAGCGUUUAUUUUAAGAACGAUUUUAAUGUUAUUUUAAGAUCUAUUGUAUUUUUGUGGUUUAAAAUAAAAGGUUUUGUCGAUUGGAAUAUAAUAUAGCUACGUAAAUUGUCACCGUUUUCGUCCUGACGUAAUAGGCUAUUUCCGAUUUGCAUUUUGUCUCUGUGUCAAAACGAGUGUUCGUGCGAAACCAUUGAUAUGAAAAUGUGUUCCCCCGGCAGGUUCAAACUCAUUUUCAUAUGGAAGGUUUUGCACGUGGACUCGUUUUGAAACAGAGCCACAAGUUAACUCGGAAAUGACCUAUUUAUUUAGCUCUUUUAUUAUAAAGUGUUGAAUCAGAAUGCAAACCAGGCGCAAUUGUGAUUAAAGUAGAGGGAAUUUUAUUCUAUACAUUAAGGAACAAAAUUUAUUUCUUAGCAACUAAAUAGAUUUUUUACACAGAUAAAUUUAGUGUGGUUAUUCAGACCGUAUUAUUUUUGUAUUCACCACGUGUACAGAGAAUAAAAAGAAUUCAACUUCGUGGUUGGCCUUGCA